GGAGAAGAGGAGAGUCUAGGUACUAUCGAAACAUCUGUCAAAACUUUUUUCAGUUUUUCUCAGUUUUCCUGACGUUAUAUCGUUUCUAUAUAUCUCUCUCUCUCUGAAGAUUUUGUAUGCUCAACACUCCAAACUCUUUUGGGGGCAAAUCGUAAUCCCUUUGUAUGGCACAAAUCGAUUGAAAUUGAGAAUCAACAAAGCUACAGAAAUGUCAGCAACGACGGAACCGGAUUCAGCGUCUCUGCCUUCUCGCGUCGGCAGGGCGGAUUCCGACGGAAUCAUCGACGCAACGCCGUUUCUUCCUUCCGGCAAUUCGAGAACCGUGAGCGUCGAUGAAAACAAUGGGAUUCACCGAUCCGCUAGACGACAAGGUCUUAGAGAGGCGGCGAGGUUCCUUCGCCACGCUGGUAGCCGGAGGAUGAUGCGUGAGCCGUCGAGGCUGGUUAGGGAAACCGCCGCUGAGCAAUUGGAGGAGAGACAGAGUGAUUGGGCGUAUUCGAAGCCAGUGGUGUUUCUCGACAUUCUGUGGAAUCUUGCUUUUGUGGCGAUCGGCGUUGCGGUUCUGAUUCUCAGCCGCGACGAACGGCCGAAUGUGCCGUUGAGAGUUUGGGUGGUAGGUUACGGUAUUCAAUGCGGGUUACAUGUGGCGUGCGUUUGCGCUGAGUACAGGCGGAGGAGGUGUCGGCGUAGGAGAGGCACGCGCCACCGAUCAUCAUCUGCUUCUUCUUCUUCGUCGGAGGAUACUGGUCCAGGGUUUACGAAUUCGUCGCAGCAGUACGUUUCGUUAGCGCAAUUGGAGGAUAGAGGAAAUACUAGUAAUUCCGCGAAGCAUCUUGAAUCGGCCAACACCAUGUUCUCAUUCAUCUGGUGGGUAAUUGGAUUCUACUGGGUAUCUGCGGGAGGCCAAACUCUAUCUAGUGACUCUCCUCAGCUCUAUUGGCUGUGUAUCAUAUUCCUUGGUUUCGAUGUUUUCUUUGUGGUAUUCUGUGUUGCACUGGCUUGUGUUGUUGGUCUUGCUGUUUGCUGCUGUCUGCCAUGUAUAAUCGCAAUCUUAUAUGCUGUUGCCGAUGAGGAGGGAGCAUCGAAAAACGAUAUAGAUCAAAUGCCAAAAUUCAGAUUUAGAAAGAUUGGCAACGAUGUGAAGCUCCCAGGAGUAAUGACAGAAUGUGGAACAGAUUCACCUAUCGAGCGCUCGCUUUCUUCAGAAGAUGCGGAAUGCUGCAUUUGUCUCUGUGAAUAUGAAGACGGAGUUGAACUAAGAGAACUCCCUUGUAACCAUCACUUUCACUGCGGCUGCAUUGAUAAAUGGCUUCACAUAAACUCUCGUUGCCCGCUUUGCAAGUUUAACAUCUUGAAGAACGCAAACGAAGUCUAGUGAUCUUCCGUGGUUUCAGGAUCUUACCGAACCGGACCAUCACAGACCAGAGGUUUCAGGUAUAUGUAAAAACGCUGGUGCGUGUUUUAGUGUUGUGUAGUAUAUAUAAUUCUAGAUCAGUGUAUUUGUCCUGUGAGUUCUAUAUUACAGUGAAUAGCGUGAGAAAAUGAGAAUUCAUCCUUGGACCUGCGUUUUUUCUUCUUGGUGUGGAACGUGGAAACAAAGCUUUGUGUUUCUCGAUCACUAAUUUUUUUUUUUUUAUCGAAAAUGGUUGAUAUUAAUUAGGAGUUGUAAAGUUCAGAAUACAAAGUAGGAAUGAGCCAGGAAGGCGGCUUAUUACAACCAGAAACAAAAGGAUUUGUACGCAAACUAAAUAAUGAGCAGCAUUGUUGCAGUCUCUUUUCACAUGAGUAAUAUCGACCAGACUGAAUUUGCUGAGCCAAAGUUUGAUGUUGAGAAGUAAAUUGGCAAUAGUAAGAUCUUGUUCGGCGGAGAGCAUUAA